UCAGGAAGUAACAAGGCGCCAGCGUCGUCAACAUUCUGGAGGCGAGAUACUAGUCUUCCUUAUUUGUCGUUGAAGAUUUCUCCGUGUCAGUCACUUUUAGUGUUAACAGACUCUUAAUUGUUUACCUGUGCCGUGUAUGUCAGUUUAACGUGUCCGGUUACGCAGUAAUGCAGGUGGACGGCUUUUACUAGUAGUUUUGUCUGGAAAGCACGACAGGAUUUUUUCCAUGUUGGAAAGGACUCCGCUGUGGAACUCAACGAGGGUGUUUUGAAACAGAUCCUUAUCAUGCUGUACUGUGCACUGCGGUAUGCUGAUGCAUGUUUGUGCGUUUAAAGAAUGAAUGUCACCAACUGCAAGGGUACAAGCUGCCAGGAUGAAAUGGUCCACACUCUGCAAAUUUACCCCAGGUUGUCCAUCAAACCUGGGCAAGGAUGCACCCUCAGGGUCCCAAAAGAGGCAACAGUUGCCGCUGUCAUCAAGAUGGCUCUCACCGCACUUAGCUUGGACACAUCCAAGCCUUACAUCCUUGUGGAGGUCCAAGAGUAUGGUGGAGAGGAGUGGGUCCUUGAAGCAAGCGAUCUGCCUGUUCAAAGAGUCCUGCUCUGGCCUAGAAAGGCCCAAGAUAAGCACUCUCAAAGUGAUGGAUACUAUUUCGCCCUUCAAGAGGGAUGCAAGGAUGGAUCCAUCCAGUAUGAGGUUAUGACGUCUGUACGGCGAGAAAAAGUUGCUCAGGGACUUGUGACUCGGGGUUUCGUUGCGCAGCAGCCUCAGGAAUAUGACGAUUUAUGUAACCUCCCCGAGCUGACAGAGGAGAGCAUCUUGGGAACCCUAAGACAUCGCUUCCACAAUCAGAAGAUCUACACAUUUGCGAGCAACAUUCUUAUCGCUGUCAACCCCUUCAAGUUUCUCCCCAUCUACAAUCCCAGAUAUGUCAAGAUGUAUGAGAACCACACUCUGGGCAAGCUAGAACCUCACAUCUUUGCCAUUGCGGAUGCAGCCUUCCACACAAUGCUGAACAAACAGGUUAACCAGUGCAUCGUCAUCUCUGGAGAGAGUGGUUCUGGUAAAACCCAAAGCACCAACUUCCUUAUCCACUGCCUGACUGCCCUCAGCCAGAAGGGCUAUACUAGUGGAGUGGAACGAACUAUCCUGGGGGCAGGCCCUGUGCUUGAGGCCUUUGGCAAUGCUAAAACAGCAUACAACAACAACUCGAGCCGCUUUGGAAAGUUCAUUCAAGUGAAUUAUCUGGAAAGCGGCAUUGUGAGAGGGGCUGUGGUUGAGAAGUAUUUACUAGAGAAAUGCCGUCUAGUAUCCAGAGGAAAAACUGAAAGGAAUUACCAUGUUUUUUACUAUCUAUUGAUUGGGGCCUCAGAAGAGGAGAGAGAUGAGUUUAAGCUCCUGCGGCCCGAAGACUACCACUACCUCGAACAAGAAAUACCGAUUUUGGAAGAUCAAGCUGAAAUGAAACACGAAUUCAGGAGACUUCAUCAGGCCAUGGAGAUGGUCGGUUUUCUGCCUCCGACCAAAAAACAGAUAUUCUCUGUGCUCUCUGCCAUUCUGUACCUGGGAAAUGUGACGUAUGAGCCAAAAGAUGUUGGCGAGUGUCUUAAAGUUGGGCCAGAUCAUGUCCUUUCAGCUGUCUCUGACCUUCUCAAGGUUAAAGUGGAGCUGCUUGUGGAAGCACUGACUACAAGGAAAGCAAUGACUGCUAAUGACACACUAAUUCUGCCUUACAGCCUCAAUGAGGCCAUCACUGCCAGAGACUCUAUGGCCAAGUCUCUGUACAGUGCCCUGUUUGACUGGAUUGUCCUGCGAAUCAACCAUUCUCUACUCAACAAGAGAGAUUUGGAGGAGUCUGUCCCGUGCUUAUCCAUUGGUGUACUGGACAUAUUUGGAUUUGAGGAUUUCAAGAUAAACAGCUUUGAACAGUUCUGCAUUAAUUAUGCUAAUGAGCAACUACAGUAUUACUGCAAUCAGCGCAUAUUUACCCUCGAACAAGAGGAGUAUAUGGCAGAAGGAAUCACAUGGCACACUGUUGACUACCCUGACAACAUUGGCUGCAUCAGUCUCUUCAGCAAGAAGCCCACCGGGCUGUUUUACCUGCUUGACGAGGAGAGCAAUUUUCCUCAAGCCACAGAUAACACUCUUCUAGAUAAGUUUAAGCAGCAGCACCAGGACAACGCGUUCUUUGUGCAGACCCCAGUGCGGGAACCAGCCUUUGUCAUUCGCCAUUUUGCUGGCAAGGUCAAAUACCAGAUAAAGGACUUCAGAGAGAAGAACACAGACCACAUGAGGCCAGAUAUUGUUGCGUUGCUUCGUAGUAGUGAGUGCAGUUACUUGCGCCAGCUGAUCGGGGCUAAUCCAGUGGCUGUGUUCAGAUGGGGCAUCCUCAGGGCCACGAUACGCACUCUGGCUGUGUUUAACGAGGCAGGACGCAGCUGGGCGGAAAAACAUCCAGAUCAGAUCAAACGCUACUCCAGACGUUCUCUUGGGGAAAUGAGGAGACCCAGCACUCUGAUAGGGAGUCUAAAGAGCCAGAAGUCUUUGAUUGACUUUUCCUUUGAUCGUUCUGAAGAGGGUCCACUUGAAGCAUUUGAGGACAUUUUUGCAACAUUUGAAAAUAAGAAGGAAUUGCAUGCCAAAGUUCUCCACUCCCUAAAGCAGUUUGGUGGUGAAGUUCCUCACAAGCUCCGUCUGUCCACAAUUUCUAUGAGGAAGUCUCGUCUCUUCUUUCAGAAGAACAGGCCAAACAGACACAAGCAGCUAAUUCCUAAGAAUCUCAUAGACUCACAGUCUCUGAAGUUCAUCAUGGCCCUCACGCAGCACAACCGAGCAACCAGGUCCCUGCUCCAUCUGCACACCAAGAAGAAACCUCCGAGCAUCAGUGCUCAGUUCCAGGCAUCUCUAAACAAGCUGUUGGAAACCCUGAGGAAAGCAGAACCGUUCUUUGUCCGCUGUAUCAGAUCAAAUGGUGAUAAGAGGGAAAUGCACUUUGAUGAUGCUCUAGUCCUUCAGCAGCUGAGGUACACAGGCAUGCUACAAACGGUUCGAAUUAGGAGAUCUGGCUAUGGAGCCAAAUUCACCUUCAAGGAGUUUACAGAUCAGUUCAGAGUAUUGCUGCCAAAAGAAAUAUCAACACCUCAGGAAGAUAUCACCAACCUGCUGAUGAAAAUGGGACUUCCCAGCUCCAGUUUUCAGAUUGGCCGAACUAAGGUGUUUUUGAAAGAAUCAGAGAGACAAAUAAUUCAGGAAGCCCUUCAUAAAGAAGUGAUGCGGCGCAUCAUCAUCCUGCAGAGAUGGUUCCGUGCCUGUUUGAUGAGGAAACAAUACCUGCAUGAGAGGAAAGGAAUUAUAACUAUACAGCGAUCGUGGCGUUUUUUGCGUGAGACAUACAGAGGCAGAGCAGCUACUGUGAUCCAGGCUGCAUGGCGAAUGUCCAAACAGAGAGGAGAGUUUUUGAAGCAGAGAGAAAAACUCAAAGCACAGACAUCUCAAACAGAACUGGGCGAUUUGAACAAGCCAAGUCAGCCAAAGCCAAGGCCUCCACUGCCUAACGAAUCUCGCACGCCUGAACGAAAGAAGGCGGAGGAUUCGAGCCUGCGGUUAAACACCAAGACUAAGGUUACAAUAGAACCUACUCCUAGAAUCACAAAGCAACUCAGCAUCAAGGAGGACCAACCUGCUCGAGAUGAUAAAGGCAAGAUUGGCAAUAAAGAAAGACAACCAUCUCCUUCAGGCCUCCCUCGGCCUGUGUCGCUUCCACUGAACAUGAGCGAAAGUGGUUCUGAUGAGAGUCAAAAUGCUGUACACUUACAACGCCGUAACAAGACAUCCAGGUUGAAGGAGAAGCCUGAUAAAUGGAAGGAGAGGACCAGUGGAGCAGCACAUUUGGAGAACAUCAGUGCUGAGAUAGUACGACUUCAAACCCAGAGGAAAUUGGGUUUAUGGAAAUCUGGCAUUUCUCAGUCCCUGGAAAAUGUGUCCAGAAUGAGUUCUUCAGAGUCAGACAGCUCCUCCUCUCCAUCCAAAAAUGAGGUUAUGGUUCAAAGCCAUAAGCACCUCAAACACAAGCGCCGACUAGCACGUCCCCGCAGUGGACUGAAGUUGGAUGUUUUGGAUCUAAGCGACAUGGAGUACUGGAGUUUUCCCCUUCCUCCCAUAAGCCCCUCCACUCCCAACCAGUCUGGUAUCCCCAUGGUACUGGAGACUGUGAUCCAGUCGCCUGUAGAAGCCGAUGGGUGCUUGAGUAUCACAAGGAGAUCACCAAGUGAGGAAGCAGUUGUAACAUCCAGCACACCAGAAAGGCGGGGAUUCCUAAAAUAUUUUAAGAAGCGUCUGACACCCCAGGAUGGUAAUACUACAAUGGCAAAGACAUUGGCAGAAAAAGAGGAGCUAGCCAGUGGCUCUCACUCUCAUUCUCCACGUUUCAAGAGCUCAGCCACUUAUCCUGGACCUCGUCGCAACCCCACCAUUAAAAUUAGCCGAGCUACUCGUGUCCAGGAGCAGUGGAAUGCUUCGCUGGACAGAGAAAUCACUGAUACUAAUGAACUUCGCCACCUGGAUGAGUUCUUGGGAAAUCAGAUGAACGAUCUAAGCACCCGCACAAAGGAACUCUCAGAGACAGAAAAAAUCUUUUUCUCAGCCACCACACAGUUCAGAGACACCAUCAAAAGCAUGUACUCCAUCUCAAAUCCCAAUAUCGGCUAUAAGGCCCUGAUGUCAGGUUACCAAGCAAGGGUAGCCAAACUCGCAGGGCUGAAGAAAGUGUCUGAGGUGCCGCUGGUAAUAAAUCUUUUCCAAUCAGUUCUGGAUGGAUUUAUCAGGGGGGAGGUCAAACGACUGGAGGGAGAGCCUUGUAAGGUUAAGGAAAGAAACAGAAGAAAAUCUAAAAGAGAUGCACAUCCUGACAGCCCACUGGGUCACCUAUUUAGCACAUACCAGGUGACCAUUAUGCAAUCAUGUGACCAGUGCAGCUCAUACAUAUGGGGAAUGGAAAAAGCCUUCAUGUGCAGCUCUUGUAAAAUGGUGUGUCACAAGAAGUGUCUGAGCAAGAUAACAAUAAAUUGCACAGGUCAAUGUGCCAGGAAGAAAGAGGGUGAGCAUACCCUCCACUUUGGUGUACCUAUCUGCGCCUUGGCCCGCACAGCUGACUAUGUGCCCUUCGUCAUGGAGAAGAUGCUGGUACACGUUGAAAUGAAUGGACUGUACACAGAGGGUAUCUACCGCAAGUCCGGCUCAGCCUGCCGAGCCAAAGAGCUUCACCACAUACUAGAGAAAGAUCCGCAGACUGUCUGUCUUGACAAUUACCCCAUCCACACCAUCACCGGCCUGGUCAAACAGUGGUUACGGGAACUACCCGACCCACUCAUGACAUACAGUCUCUACAAUGACUUCCUGUAUGCUGCGGAUAUGCCAGAAUCACCCGAGCGGUUGCGUGCCAUCUACCGAAAGUUAGAUGAACUACCUCCCUCAAACUUCUCUACUCUCGAAAGGCUCAUUUUUCAUCUCGUGAAAGUGGCAAAAGAGGAAGCUCACAAUCGAAUGUCAGCUAAUUCUCUAUCGAUCGUGUUUGCCCCCUGCAUUCUACGCUGCCCAGAUUCUUCGGACCCUCUCCAGAGUAUGAAGGAUAUAAACAAGACCACUCUUUGUGUGGAGAUUCUGAUUAAUGAACAAACAAGGUGCUAUAAUCAGAAAAUGGAAGAAAUUCAGCAGUUGGAAAAUGCAGAAGCUAUCGCCAUUAAACAGCUCAAGCUCAGGAGACAGAACACGAUAUUUGAGCGGCCAAAAUUAGAUUCAGAUGCAUCCUCAAUGGACAGAGCUGAGCUUGAAAUCGAAAAGAACCUGCUGGAGAAGAUCAAGUCCAUUAAGAAAGAAAAGAACAAUUUGGCCUUCAGACUGCCUGAGUUUGACCAGGAUAGCUCUGAUGCUGAGAACAUGGACUCCGAAUCAUUGGUCAGCUCUGAGAGUCUACUAGAAGAUCAUUCAGUGAGUUUGGACUUGGAAGCGAACACUGCUUUGAAGAGCUCCAAGCCAGAGAAUUCUGCUAAACCUCCUGAUCCAACACAUGAUCCCAAACCAGGGAGCAAACAGCCUGCUGAGGACCGCAACCAAAACCAUUCCGCCUCACGCCGAGAUGGAGUCAUCCAGAGCCAAGAUGUCUCAGAAUCCCUCACCAAGAGACGAUUUUCAGACCUUGACAUUCCAUUUAUAGAUGAGGACGUUUGACAUUAAUUAACACCAAAAGAUCUAUGCAAAUAUUUGUCUUUCCUGCAACUGUUCAAGCAACAAUCAGUUUCCCAUUUCUGAUCAUAAAUCAAAUGCUGGAUUCAUGCAUGCUGUCCUAGAACACCUGUUGUGUUCAUAGAAUACAUUUGUUAAACAAAGCUGAUGAUUU